AUGAAACUGCUUCUGAUAUUGUUGCUCGCAGCUUCGGUCAGCUGUGAGGAGGAUUCCGAUGAGGAAGUUAUUGACGAUAGACCAAUACCCACUGUAAGCGUGGACCAAAUCAAAAUCUACGGAGAACGAAAGUAUAUUUUAGCUCAAGCUCGCAUACAUGAGGAUCGCAGAACGUUUGACAUCCAUGCGAGGAUUAUACGCGAAUUGGGCAGCAACAAUCUGAUCAUGAAUGUGAAUAUGCGAGCGAAAUUCGAGAAUGAAAACGAAUUCAAGAAGAUCUUCGAACUGCGACGCUUGGAUUUCUGUGUCUGGCUGACGGAGUACAAUGAGAAUUUCUUUCUGCGCGCCUUCUUCAAGAAGAGCAUGACUCUGAGUGAGGUUAUUGAGUGUCCAGUUCGAGUUGGGAAUAUAUCACUGCAUAAUGUGAACAUGGCGGAUAAUGUUUAUCCGCAGAAUAUGGUGCCGGGCACCUACAAGUAUUUCCUCGAGAUUGUCGAGGUCACGGGGGAUUUGCCCAAAGUAUUCGCUCUGCAGGUGACCACAAGAAUAUAUAUUAAAAAAGAAUAG